GUCAAUAACUUUCUCAUGACCGGACCCAAGGCCUUCCUGACCUACGCAACGAGCGUCCAGUCUGGCGCCCAGAGCGGCAUCAGGGAGUGCAAGCACCAGUUUGCUUUGGAUAAGUGGAACUGCCCAGAAAGUACUCUGCAGUUAUCCACACACAACGGCCUCCGCUCAGCCACGAAGGAGACGUCCUUUGUCCACGCCAUCAGCGCCGCUGGGGUCAUGUACACACUGACCAAGAACUGCAGCAUGGGAGACUUUGACAACUGCGGCUGUGACGACUCAAGGAUCGGACAAGCAGGAGGAAAAGGCUGGAUCUGGGGAGGCUGCAGUGACAACGUGGAGUUUGGGGAGAAGAUUUCUAAACAGUUUGUGGACGCGCUGGAAAAUGGACACGACUCACGCGCAGCUGUGAACCUGCACAACAACGAGGCCGGGAGACUGGCGAUCAAGGCCACGAUGAGAAAAGCCUGUAAAUGUCACGGCGUCUCUGGGAGCUGCAGCAUCCAGACCUGCUGGAUGCAACUGGCCGAUUUCAGAGAAGUGGGGAAUUACCUGAAGCAGAAGCACGAACAGGCCAAGAAACUGGAGAUGGACAAAAAGCCCGCGAGAGCCGGAAACAGCGCGGUUCACCGCGGCGCGCGCGCGCUCUCUCUGGGAGGCAUCGCCAAAACGGAGCUCAUUUACCUGGAGGACUCUCCGGACUACUGCGUCCAGAACCAGAGUCUGGGAUAUCACGGCACCGAGGGCCGCGAGUGCGUGAGGAGCGGGAAGAGCGCGUGGGAGAAGAAGAGCUGCCGCAGACUGUGCGCAGACUGCGGCCUGACAGUGGCGCAGAAGCGCAUCGAGGUGGUCAGCAGCUGCAACUGUAAAUUCCACUGGUGCUGCACAGUCAAGUGUCAAAGGUGCACGCAAGUCGUGACUAAACAUUACUGCGUGCGUAAACACGGCGCGAGGAAAGCGCAGAGUAAAACCAAGCGCAAACAUCUGCGCCGCUCCUGA